AUGUCUCUUUUCUCGUGGUUCCACGUGGCUUCGCAUUGCAUCAUGUGCGCUGUGCAGCAUUUGGGAAUCAAAGAUCCGCUGGCCCGGUGGGCGCAUACCUGUGAAAAGCCUGACGUCAUGGCUGUGGUGCCUUCGCUGGUGUUCGCCUUGAUCAGCAUUGCCUGGAUGGCGUGCCUGGGAGAGGUCACCUGGGAGAUGUCUCGUUGCGGCUUCGAGAUCGAUACGUGUCUUUGGCUGAACACUGGCAAUGCCAGUUGGCAGCGUGCCAGUGGCCAGGCAACCGAUGGGUGGUUGGAGGCUGAAGGCAAUACGUCCGACGGCCAACUCUUCAUCAUCGAGAGCCCUAUGUUGACUGCCGCCACCGAAGAGAAGGGUUUGGUCUUUUCCUACAUGAUGAUUGGAUCGAGAUCAGUGUCCCUGGAGGUGGAACACAAGACAGAGUUGUCUGGCUGGUCAACCUUGUUUGCGGAGAGUGGAGACACCGGCACGGCCUGGAAGGGUGCCUCCAUCCGAGUGCCCGAAGGCACUGUCGGCCUCCGUCUCCUAGCCGGUGCUGGUGUUGGGUCUGUGGUCAAAGUGGAUUGGAUUUUGGCUGUGGAGACAGCGAAUUGGACAGACCUUGGUUGCACCUUCGAGGUUGACUUCUGUGGGUGGUCCUCUGGUUUUGAGAAUCGGUGGCGCAUUCGGCGGGGACACACCGGAACAGCAGCCACUGGGCCGGGGGCCGCUUUCGAUGGGUCCUGGUACGUUUACACGGAAGCUAAUUGGGCUCGAAACGAGGCCUUUAUCCUGACAUCUCCGAUGUUUGAGCGCAGCAAUGUGACGAGGCAGUUUGGCUUUGCCUAUAACAUGUACGGCAAAAACAUGGGAAGCUUGCAGUUGGAGUCUUUGGGCCGCAGCCACUGGACAACGCUUUGGCUACAAGCAGGUCCUCGAGACCCUCGCUGGGAAACGUACUACGUUGCCAUUCCCCAGGAUGCAGAGAUGUUGCGGUUCGUGGGCAUUACGGGCGAUGGCAUUGCAAGCGACAUGGCUCUGGAUGGCCUCGCUGUUGGUGUCGGCGCCCUGCCUCCGGGCCUGGACUUAGAGCACCUCGCCUGCGAUUUUGCCUGGGACACCUGCAGAUGGCUGAACACUGGCAAUGCCAGUUGGCAGCGUGCCAGCGGCCAGGCCACCGAUGGGUGGUUGGAGGCUGAAGGCAAUACGUCCGACGGCCAACUCUUCAUCAUCGAGAGCCCUAUGUUGACUGCCGCCACCGCAGAGAAGGGUUUGGUCUUUUCCUACAUGAUGAUUGGAUCGAGCUCAGUGUCCCUGGAGGUGGAACACAAGACAGAGCUGUCUGGCUGGUCAACCUUGUUUGCGGAGAGUGGAGACACCGGCACGGCCUGGAAGGGUGCCUCCAUCCGAGUGCCCGAAGGCACUGUCGGCCUCCGUCUCCUAGCCGGUGCUGGUGUUGGGUCUGUGGUCAAAGUGGAUUGGAUUUUGGCUGUGGAGACAGCGAAUUGGACAGACCUUGGUUGCACCUUCGAGGUUGACUUCUGUGGGUGGUCCUCUGGUUUUGAGAAUCAGAAGGGACACUGGAGCCUCAGGCGGGGCCAAACCGGCACAAGUUACACUGGGCCAGAACGUGCUUUCGAGGGGGACCGGUACAUUUUCACGGAAGCUUCUGCAGCUUUCAACGAGGCCUUUAUCCUGACAUCUCCGAUGUUUGAGCGCAGCAACGUGACGAGGCAGUUUGGCUUUGCCUAUAACAUGUACGGCGAAAACAUGGGAAGCUUGCGGUUGGAGUCUUUGGGCCGCAGCCACUGGACAACGCUUUGGCUACAAGCAGGUCCUCAAGCACCGCGCUGGAAGACCUACUACGUUGCCAUUCCCCAGGAUGCAGAGAUGCUGCGGUUCGUGGGCAUCACGGGCACUGAGUUCAGAAGCGACAUGGCUUUGGACGGCCUCGAUGUUGGUGUUGGCAUACCUGUUCUGGGCCUUGAACACCUCGCCUGCGAUUUUGCUUGGGACACCUGCAGAUGGUUGAACACUGGCAAUGCCAGUUGGCAGCGUGCCAGUGGCCGGGCCACCGAUGGGUGGUUGGAGGCUGAAGGCAAUACGUCCGACGGCCAACUCUUCAUCAUCGAGAGCCCUAUGUUGACUGCCGCCACCGCAGAGAAGGGUUUGGUCUUUUCCUACAUGAUAACUGGAUCGAGCUCAGUGUCCUUCGAGGUGGAACACAAGACAGAGUUGUCUGGCUGGUCAACCUUGUUUGCGGAGAGUGGAGACACCGGCACGGCUUGGAAGGGUGCCUCCAUCCGGGUGCCCGAAGGCACUGUUGGCGUCCGGGUCCUGGCCAGCCUUUCUGCAGGGGAGAAAGCGACAGUUGGUGUGAUCUCCGUUGCAGAUGUUAGCUCAAGCUUCGCAAAUCUGAGCUGCAGCUUCGAAGCCGAUCAUUGCGGGUGGUUCGCGGAAUCUGGUGUCUGGUCGCGGUUCGCUGGGCCACAAUCGUCCUUCACGGGCCCCGGCGCAGCCUUCCGAAGCGACUUUUACAUUGCCACCGCGGAACACAUGGAUGCCAUUCUGACUCCAGAGGCCGUGCUGAUGAGUCCACUGUUCCCUGCGGCUGCCAGCAAGUUCUUUUUGGAGUUUUCUUAUCACAUGACGGGCGCGUCGAUAGACCGCCUGGAGCUGCAGUACCUGCGUCGAGGCCGUUGGUCACGGCGCUGGGCGCGCUGGCGUUCUCAGGGCAAUGCCUGGCUGCAAGGCAAUCAUAGGGACCCUUAG